AUGAACGAGGUUGGGGCCCGUCGCGUCGCCCGCAGGCGCGCCCUGGGGCAGGCCUCCGCCGGCGGCGUCGGCGCUGGCGGCGGCGGCGACGCGAGCAGCGGCGGCGGCGCGCUGGGGGACGGCGGGACGCAGCAGGGCACGAGCCUGCGCGCGAGCGAUACCUACCAUCGUCCCGGGUUCAAUGCGGCGAUCCCUGUGGCGGCGCCCGCGGUGCCGGUGCUGUCCCCCGCGCCGUUCACCGCGGCCCCGCACGACGGCUCGCACCUCCCCCGCCUGUCGACGGGCCCGCGCCGCAGCGGCUCGACCGCCGGCGGCGGCGCGAGCAGCGGCGGCGCGACGCCGCGGGAGCGGGAGUCGGACGCGGGGGGCGGCGCCGCGGCGCCGGCGGCGCCGGUGGGGGCGGCUCUGCAGCAGCGGCACUCAGAUCCCCAGUUGCCCGGCCCCAGCGCGUCGAUGCAGCAACGCGUCGCCCAAUUCGACCCCACCUCAUCCCUGGGGUCCCUGGGCUCUCUGGGCUCUCCUGUCGCGGGCGCCGCCCCCGGCGGCGCGUACUUGGCCGCGGGCGGAAGCCGAGCGGGCAGCCGUGCGGGCAGCCCGCGGCGCCCCGGCGACGAGCGGCUCCUCACAGCCCUUAACCUGGAAGCUUCCUCCCUCGCCGGCGACCCCGCCGCCGCCGGGCCCGCCACCAGCGGCGGCGGCGGCGGCGGCUUCGCGGGGGCAGCGGACGCUGGCAGCGGCAAGAGCGCGCUGCUGCUGGCGCGGAAGCUGUAUAUGGAGUUGAGGGACGCGCUGAGGCGGCUUGGGGAGCUGCAAUUGGAAGUAGACGCGCUUCGGGCCCGCGCCGGCACGAGCGGCGGCGGCGGCCCGCUGUCACCCCAGCCCUCCGACGGCGCGGUCGCUGAGAAGCCGCCCGCGUGCGCCGCGUGCGCGUCGCGCGCCGCGGCGGCGGACGAGGCCGCGCGCGCGGCGGCGGCGGCGAGGGCUGCGGCGGCGAUCGCGGAGCAGAUGAUGGACGACCACCAGCGCCAGCUGGCGGCGGCGCUUGAAGAGGCGCGGCGGGCGGAGGAGGCAGCUGCCGUGCAGCUGGACGACCUGCGGGCGCUCGCGGACGCGGCGGCGGCGCAGGCCGAGGCGGCGCGCGCGGAGCGGGACGCGCUGGUCGAUAGGGUGGCCGCUCUCGAAGCGGCAGCGGCAGAGGGUGGCGCGGAUGGUGGCCCACGCGCCGAGUUGGAGGCCGCACGGGCGCGCGUGGACGAGCUGCAGCGGGAGGCGGCCGCGGCACGCGCCGCGCUCGCGGAGGCGACGGCGGUCGCGGGGCCCGGCGCCGCGGCGGCCGAGGCGCUGGCUGCUGCAGAGGCGGCGGCGGCAGGGGCGCGGGCGGCGGGGGAGGCGGCGGAGGCGCGCGCGCAGGCGGCAGAGGCAUCAUUGGCGGCGGCGGAACGGGAUUCAGCGGCAGCGCUUGAGCGGCUCAAGCAGGCGGAAGGCAGCGUCGAGGCGACGGCUGCCCGUUUAACGGCAGCCGAGGAGAAGGCGGCCGAAGCGGAGGCGCGCGCCGCGGCGGUGGAGGCGGCCGCCUCUGACGCUCAGCAGCGCGCGGCCGCCGCCGAGGAGCGCGCCGCCACCGCAGAGGCGCGCGCGGCAGGUGCCGGCGAAGCGGCGGCGGCGGGCGAGGCGCGAGAGAAGGCGGCCGGGGAGGCGCUCGCCGCGGCGGAGGCGCGGGCGGCGGCCGCAGAGCAGCGGGCGGCGCCGGCGGGAGAACGGGCGUCCGAGCUUGAGGCGACGGCCGCGGCGGCCGUGGCAGACGCGGCAGCCCUGAGAGGGCAGCUUGACGCGGCGUUGGCAGCAGGCGCCGGUGCGGCAGAGGCGGCUGAGCGCGCUGCGGCGGCGGACGAGAGGCUGCGGUCGGUGCAGCAGCAGGCUGAGGAGGCGGAGGCUGCGGCGGACGCCCUGCGGGAGCGCGUGGCAGCUGCAGAGGCGGUCGCCGCGGCGCUGCGGGAGGGCGUCGCCGCCGCGGAGGCGCGGGAGCAGGCCGCGCGCAGCGAGGGCGAGGCGGCGGCGGCCAAGCUUCAAACGCGCGCAGCGGCUGCGGAGGCGGAGGCGGCAGAGGCGCGGCGGCGGCUUGAUGGAUUGCAGGCGGCUGAGGCGUCGCUGCUGGAGCGAGGCUGA